AUGAAUCUGGAUAAAAAAAGGAGUCGGAAGAGGUCCCAUGAGGCUGUCUUCACCGCUGUGCCCAAGAAUAAAGGUAAAGGAGGUAAAAACAGGCGCAGGGGUAAAAAUGAGAAUGAAUCUGAAAAAAGAGAGCUGGUGUUUAAAGAGGAUGGACAAGAGUAUGCUCAGGUAAUCAAAAUAUUGGGAAAUGGACGAUUGGAAGCACUGUGUUUCGAUGGUGUAAAGAGGUUAUGCCAUAUCAGAGGGAAAUUGAGAAAAAAGGAUAACAAAGCUGAUGUAAUUUUAAAGUACAAUGCAGAUGAAGCUAGAAGCCUGAAGGCAUAUGGCGAGCUUCCAGAGCAUGCUAAAAUCAAUGAAACAGACACAUUUGGUCCUGGAGAUGAUGAUAAAAUCCAAUUUGAUGAUAUUGGAGAUGACGAUGAAGACAUUGAUGAUAUCUAAAUUGAACUGAGUGUUUUUACAUGACAAGUUUUCUGAGGAUUGUUCUACAGUUGGGAUUUUGGCCGUCAUCAGUUAAGAAGAGAAAUUCAUUUAGUGUGUCAUUUCUGAAAGCAAACUGAUUUAUUUUCAAUGUUUUAAAGUAUUUAUUUCUUUGGAAGCUGAUGACCCUGAAUUAUCUUGUUAAAUAUUAAUACUUUAUUGUUUCGAUGUAAUGGAACUUAGGAAUAAAAGACCA